UUUUCAUUUAGUGUUGUGAAUGAUGCUGGACGAUUGAUUAUUCGGCUAUUUUGAUUGACAGCAGGCAUGACGUCAUCACACACGUUACCUCAACUCGCAUUCAGACACCGUGCAUGUCUCUCUCGGGCGCGCGCUCUCGCAUGCACACAAGACUUGACUUCCUUCAUUCGUGUUUCCUUAUCAUUGAUCACAAACACAAGCGCAGAAGUUUCUGACCCAUGGCCAUGUUGAGUGCUCAAGUGUGUCGGAGAUGAGUUUGACACCCAUUCUUGAGGAAACGUUGAUCAAACGUUCUCAGCAGAAGAAACGGACGUCUCCACUCAACUAUAAAGAAAGGGUGUUUGUGUUAACCCAGAGCAAACUCACAUAUUAUGAGCUCAGAGCGGAGAAGAGGGUUAGGAAGGGUUCAGUGGAGCUGAACAGAAUCAAAUGUGUUGAGAUUGUUAGAACCAACUCGACCAUCAUUCCCUGUCAGAACAAAUAUCCAUUUCAGGUUGUUCAUGAUUCAACUAUGUUAUAUAUAUUUGCUCCCAGUAAUGAGAGCAGAAGUGUUUGGGUGCAGAACAUCAAGGAAGAGAUUAGGAAUAACGCCGAGAUAGCAGCGAAGUUCCACCCUCAGUUCUGGCAGGAGGGCGAGUGGAUGUGUUGCGGGCAGCUGGAUAAAAUGGCUCCGGGCUGUGAGGGCUACAACUUGUUCGGAGACGGUAAAUAAACACACACGCUACAUGAUGUACAUCUGCAUUCAUUUUGACUGAACAUCACAUCUCCAUGACACCAGCAAACCCCUUGACUCCUGUUUUCAUCGAACACAAACGAUGACCUCACGGCCAUUGAUAGUUUUAUAGAUGUACGUCUUGUCAUGAUCUCCGUGAUGAAAGCAUUUACGUACAUGCCUGUGUAUUGUGAGGAAGAUGUGCGCACAGACACACAAACACACAUAAGAUGUGAACAUCAGAGGUGCUCCGAUCCACCAUUUUUGAUUCUGAUUCCUGAGAUUCAGUAUUGGCCGUUACCGACUACCGAUCCGAUACCAAGGCUGAAUUACUUAACAAACUGUAUGCACUGUGCAAGGCAUCAGGCUCAACUUAAACAAUCAUUUCCUAACCCUGGUAAACAAAAUAACAAAACAAAUUAUUCACAAGUUUAGUGCAUUGUUUAUUAAACCAGCAUCAGUGCAACAAUUGCAAAAUAUAACAAGUUCACUAGCUUAAACUUGACAUUCAAAAUGAAAGUGCAAAUAGGAAUUAAACAUCCAAAACAAAUGCAGCUAAAUAAAACAACAGCUUCACAAGCUUUGUAAACGUGUCCAAAUAAAUGAGGGAUGUGCCCUAGGACUAAGUCUUUUUAACCAAAGUUUUGUAACCAUGUAGUCUAAAACUAAGAAUGGCCCAGAAGGCGGUACAAAAACUUUGUGUAGGGCAUAUGUAAUACAUUUUAAAGACUAAAGAAUGUAUUAGUCAAACUGUCAAAUCCAAUAUUUAAUGUAGCUAAAACAGGCAAAGGCCUAUGUGUUCCACUUUCCUUACGUUAUGAUCAGUAAUAUUUCUGCAUUUGCUGAUGUGCUAACCCUGACUGGAGCGUUUAGCGGCUGACGUCAUGAGCAUGUGUUUGAUUGGCUGGUCUCUGCCUGGGCUCUACCUUUUAAAAUCCAUUUUAUUUUCUCCUUACUCUGACUUUUUUUCUUUAAUUCUGUUUUUUAGGACUCUAAAAGUUCAAUUAAAUUUUAGUAAUCAAAUUAAAUUAAAUAAAAUUUUUGUAAAAGUGUGUCUAU